AUGCUCAUUGUCCUGGCCAUCUUGUCAGACACCCACCUCCACACGCCCAUGUAUUGCUUUCUCGCCAACCUGUCCUUCUGUGACAUCUGCUUCACUACCACCAUCAUCCCCAAGAUGCUGGUGAAUAUCCAGACACAGAGCAGAGCCAUCAGCUAUGCAGGAUGCAUCACACAGAUGUUCUUCUUCAUAAUCUUUGCAACAUUAGGUGACUUUCUCCUGGCUGUAAUGGCCUAUGACAGGUUUGUGGCCAUCUGUCACCCCCUGCACUACAUGGUCAUCACGAAUUCCCAUUUCUGUGUGCAGCUGAUUCUGGUAUGCUGGGUUAUUGGUGUCCUAAAGGCUCUGAUGCAGAGCUUACUGGUGCGGAGGCUGACCUUCUGCACAUACCUAGAAAUCCCUCACUUUUUCUGUGAGUUGAAUCAGGUGGUCCACAUGGCUUGUUUUGACACCUUUCUCAAUGACCUCAUAAUGGAUGUUGCAGCCGUGCUGCUGGCAGGAGGUCCCCUGUCUGGGAUCCUGUUCUCCUACUCUAAGAUCUCCUCCUCCAUCUGUACCAUCUCAUCAACUCAGGGCAGCUAUAAAGCCUUUUCCACCCAUGCCUCUCACCUCUUGACCAUCUCCCCAUUUUAUGGCACAACCCUGGGUGUGUACCUCAGUGCCAGUGCUGCCCCAAGUUCAGCCUUAACUGCAGCAGCCUCAGUGAUGUACACAAUGGUCACCUCCAUGCUGCACUUCUUCAUCUACAGCCUGAAGAACACAGUCAUGAAGAGGGCUAUAAAAAGACUGUUGUUCCCUAAAUGA